AUACAAUGCGAAAUACAAUCUCUAAUAUUUCCUAAUUCUCUGUUUCUUUUCCAAGGAAAAAUGCGGCCCUGUGUACUGUCAGUAUCGAUUCUAUGAUAUGCCCCGUCAUCAGACGAAAGCCAGAGGGCAUGGGACAGAGAUUUCCUUUAAGGAUGUGAAUGUGAUUCUAACAGGGACCUUCAAUCCAGAUAAACUCAAAGAGUAUUUACUUGGACCUCCACUAGAGAUAGAAAUUCAUGACCGUGACAGGAAGUUGCAGUUCCAGCCUCUACUACCAGCAUUGUUUGGUACUGAGGCGGAAGAUACUAAACUGAGCAAUGUCAGUCUUGCUAGCAGUAAGCGAACUGUCCACGAUCCUUUCACAACUGCAAGUAAACGUUGGGAUCCUUAUGGCAUUGCUAAGGUGGCCUUUUCUGACCUUCUAUAUGGUGAAAAGUGCUUGAAUAUUGCUGUAUCUAUACAAAACAGUAGUACACCAGAUCCAACUGGUUACAAAACAGAUGGAUUGGAUGGACGUAUUAUAGGUGUUUCAGGAGCUGUUGAUGUUUCAGAUGAAUGCCCAUUACCUAAAGGGCAUUAUGUGGAAUCAAACUCUGUUCUUAAUGUAAGGGUUGAAUUAGCUUAUCCUUUAAUGGGAACCACAGAUGUGCCACUUGAAACAGAGGAGUGCCAAUUUGGUCGCAUUAUUUACAUUUUUGACUAUAAAAACACAAAAUUUCUUAGUGUAUUGCUGGAAACAAUUAAUUCAGUUAAUUCUGCAGCAAUUUGCCCAGAUUCUUUCUCAAAUGAUGGAAGUGAAGCAGCUGAUGUAGCAUUUAAAAUGGAGUCUGAACUAAAAGAGAGCUCCAAACAGGAUAUUUUGACAGGUUUUCAUGUAAUGGAUGGAAAAAUACAUCUCUUCGUUUUGGAGGGACUGAGAAAUGAAGGGCUCAGGAAAUUGUGGAAAAACCUGCCAGUCAGAUCUGUGGCUCCUGAAGAAGAAAGGAUUAAAGUGUUGUACAAUAGUAACUUCAGUUUUCAUCAGAGGUUGUACGCAUGCAUGGACGAUAAUGUUUAUCAUAUUCAUCUCCGUGAGCCGAUGCAUGAUAUUAUAAAGCAGCCUUUACUGUAUAUUAGGGAUAUGACUCCCCAGGACUGUUUUCAGGCAUUGUGUAGACUUCAAUACAUGUGCUGUGCCAAAAAGCUGAGACAGGUUGUGCAAGGUGACCUUUUCCCAGCUGCAGAAAUGAUAAAGAUCCUGAGUCGUGAGUUUGGAAUCCCAGCAUCUGAAACAGGUCCACUUACUACCAAGACUGUGCCAUCCAUCAAAAUUGAACCUGUUUCCAAACUUAAACCCACAAAACGGGAAUCCUAUUCUCUACUGGACAUUUACAAUGAAAAAUAUUUACAGAAGAAAAGUAAUCAAAUCUUCCCAGAUCAUGUUCAGGCUAACAUUGAUGCAGUUUCUCAGGCUGACAAAACGCUGAAGAAAACCAAGCUAAGAACAAUCACAGCAGUUUAUCCCGACGGCAAAGCAGUGCACAUUUACUCCAGUCAGGCCUUGAACUCUGCUCAGCAGGCAAAGAAACUGCUGCAUCAAGAAAUAGCUAAGAAGCCAAACAGCUACUUUACAUACAAUCAAGAUUUUUUGUCAGCAUCAGUGGCUCCUGUGGAUCCAGAAACUGAGAAAAAGAAUGCAAAAGAACGAUCAAAGUCGGCUUGGCUAACUUUUGAAGGAUUCAGGUUUCAUGGAUUCAAGAGCAGCCUAGAGUCUAAUGAACAUCCAAAAAAACCGGAUCAAGCACGGAUAAGCGACCUUAAGAAGGUGCCCAAGUUCCAAUCUUUUAGUAAUUGCAUUUUCCACUUCAGUGUAAAAGUAAUUUGUUAAUGAUUGACAAAGUAUGAACAAUAAUUGUCAACUCCUAAAGCUUCUUUAACAGCAUUCCUAGUAAGUUCUACCAUGUGAAGUGAUGCAUUUGAGGAGGUCUAACAAGGGAAGGAUUUAUAUAAUAAAUGGUAGAUCCCUAGGAGGACUGAGGAACAAAGGGAUCCUGCUGUACAAGUCCAAGAUGUCAGGUAGUUAAGGUGGUGAAGGCCUACAAGAUGCUUGCCUUCAUUAGCUGAGAUGUGGAAUAUUGGAGCAGGAAGUCUUGUUGCAAAUUUAUAGAGUAUUGUUUAGAUCACAGAUGGAAUACUGUGUGAAGUUCUGGUUGUCAUAGGACAGAAGGAACAGAUUGCAUUGGAGAAGGGGUGGAGAGUAACUAAAUUGUUGCCUGGGAUGAAAUAUCUCAGUUAUAAGGAGAGACUGUA